AUGCGCUGGGAUCCAUUAACUUAUGAUGCGCAAUUGUCGAUAGAAUGGAUACAACAACGUCGUCCUCUUUUUAUACUUCUCUUUAUUGCAUAUACGCUGUUUGUAUUCAAUAUGCCGCGAAUUUGGAAAGGAAAAAGAAGCCAAGGCUUGGCAACGAUCAUUUUUUAUUGGAAUGCUUUCAAUGCCUUGGCUGAUAUUGUUUUGCUUCUUGGCUUAUUACCUGAUUUUUUAAGUUCUUUCCAUGAAGGCUUCUAUUCAAGUUUAUGUCUGAAUGAUGGGCUUUAUAAGAAUCCAAGAUCGGGUAGGGCAAUAUUUACAUUUCAUAUCAGCAAAGUCUGGGAAUUACUGGAUACGGUACUUGUGAUAUUGGAUGGACGUAAACCAAAUAUCCUUCACGUGAUCCAUCACAUCGUCAUUUCUAUUUCGAUGAUCUACAGUUAUCAACAUAUUGGUGCCAUGGCUCGUUGGAUUGCUAUCACCAAUCUUUCUUCUCAUUCUGCGCUUUACUCUUAUUUGGCAGCUCAAAGUUGUGCUUGGAAACGUCGUACAUGCAGCGCACGUGUAAUUAACGUGAUCCAAAUGGCGCAAUUUCCCAUAUGCCUGUUUGGCCUCAUCAAAAUACGCCAAUUUGUGAAUGCUAGAAAGAAAUGUGAGACAAGCUAUAAUGGGCCAAGCAUUAUAAUCUAUUCAUCCUUUUUCAUUCUAUUCAUUCUAUUUUACGUCAACAAAUAUAGAAAAGAUAACAGCAGCAAAGAAAUUUUCAAAAGCAAUUCGAAAGGUUUAACAAACUUUUGUCAUUCUUCAUUAUGUCACGCAUUUUUGGGAUUUCUGAACAGUGAAAGAUUG